AUGUUGGCAGCUAGGAUUCUAAGAAAAGCUGCUAAUGUGCUAAGUUCGAACGUCGUGAGUGCGCACUUCACGUCGACUCGAGCAGGAAUAACCUGGGAGUUCUAUUGCGAGUACAACCGUAGCGUCUGGCAGCGUGCUGUGAAGCUGACGGCCACGGCCCUACGAGUUUCGGGUGGGGGCGGGGGGGGGGGGAGGGGGGGGGGGGGGGGGGGGGGGGGGGGCAAUUCCCACAAUAAGUUCUCGGUUUGUGAAAAGUAA